AUGAACGGUAGUAGUUCCAGUCAAUCAGUACAUCAAGUUUCUCCUUUAAAAAGGGAUGCUUCCAAAGCAGAAAAUCCACCAAGCACUAUAUAUAAGAGAAUUUGCAGUGUUGCUAAUAAUUCAGAUAAGCCAGGUGUUGGGAGGAAGAAAGGGUUGCUCUUUUGCACCUCAAAGGAUUGGAAAUUAGAAGAUUGGUAUUUUAAAGCCUCUCUAUUUCUUCCCUUUCAAGAGCUCAGAAAUCUCUCUUUGUUCAGGAAUCAGUUAGUAGGUUGGAUUGAGAAUGAAGGUUUUGAUAAAUUGUCAAAGUUGAGAAAUUUGGUGGCCCUUGAUCUAGGUUUAAAUUCAUUUGAUCACAAAAAUUUGUCAUCUCUUAGUUGGCUUUCUUCUCUCAAGUAUUUGGGACUUCGAUACAACUAUUUAGAAAGAGAAAAUUACAGCAAUGUUGGUGAUUGCUGCGUAUUCUCGAUAAUUCUUGGAUCAUUUCUAUGCUCAAUGAUGAAGGAAUUACUCUUCGUUAUGGCUUUACUUUCGCUAAAUAUGAUCUCCAUAUCUGGCAGGGCUUCUGUGGAGAUAGAUUACUUGGCAGGAUUCAUUUAUCAUUUUUCUCAAGGAUAA